AUGCAAAAUGAUCAGCAACGGCAUUCGAACAAAACAAAGAACAGAAAAUGGACGGAAAGAGAGAAUGAGGCUCUUCGACAGGGUAUUCUUCAGUUCGGUGCCGGCAAAUGGAAGAAGAUCAAAGAUAAGGCAGGUACUGUUCUUGACAAUCGAAGUAAUGUGGACCUGAAAGAUCGGUAUCGGAAUAUGCAAUCUGUCAGGGACAGAAUCUUGAUGCUGAUGGGUGCCAUCCCAGGAGAGCAUGUUCAGAACUGCUUGAUUGCUCCGGAUCUUGAAGAAGUAAGAAAAUGUCAGAAUGACAAUGUGGAGCAUUUAAAUUGGGAGCUCCUCCCUAAUAUUGAACGGAAGUUGAAAGCUCUCCAAGAAUCAGAGCACAAACGCGUUGCUUUCAAGAAUGUUGCAUCUCAACAGAACAAGAACGCACAGGCUGUUUUUACAACUACCCAUCCUCGCAUUGAUCCGGAAAGACAUGCAAGCCCUGGGUGCAUGAGACUCACGGGAGGCGGAUUAAGCUCAAAACUCCCUCGUUAUUGCAAAGACACUCAGUCUAAGGCAGCAGACGAAGCAAAACUUGUGGAGGAAGUGGAUGAGCCGGAUAAGCGGUCGGCAAAGAAAAGAGAAUGGAUAGACGAAAAGGUCUUCAUGUCCCCAGCAGUAGAGCAACAACCUUUGGAGACCUUGCAGCAUCUCGCUCGGGACUAUCCAUGCAAGGCAAGACUCUCCGACAUCCAUCAGCUAAGCUCAAGUCCGAAGACUAACGACAUGGGAGAGCCCAUAGUGCAAUAUUCGGCAAACUUUGCCGCACAAUGCUCGAGUGAAUCGAGUAGUGAGGAUGAAGAAGUGGAAUUGAUAUCUGCGGAUAUCCCAGCUACCAGUGAAAAAGGUCACAACAGUACAAGUUCUUCAGGCGCACGAGGGAACAAGCCAGAGAGAUUCUACUGCGGUUACAUUCACGACUUGGUGCUGUAUGCUGGAAAUAGUUGCACGAGCACAAGACAGGUCAGGUCUUGGCUUCUCUCGCAUCCUCACCUCUGUCCCGUAGACAGCUUCCAGGACUGUGACAUCGAUCACAUCAUCCCCAGAAGCCUUGGCGGCCAUGACCACCCAUACAACUACUACAUCAUGCCAAAGAGCAUGAAUCAAAAAUUCAACAAAUGGAUGACGAAAGAGGUUCAGAUAAAUUCUUACAUCUCCACCGAUUGA